CCUAAAGAAAACGAGUCUUUUCCUGGAGGAUGAUUAUUCCAGAUGAAUAAAUUUACCUUGGUCUUAUUGCGUGCCACGGAGUCAAGGAAUGAGAGUGCCAUUACAUUUUCCAGCUGGAUUAGAUGAGUGGGAUGGAUUGGUUUGGGACGGGAGAGGAAAACAGAGUGAGGGUGUGAAGAAAGAGAGAGAGAGAGAGAGAGAGAGAGAGAGACACACACACACACACACACACACACACAUGAAGUGUGACUUAGAGGGAUACAACUAGAAAGAGAAUGAGACAGACACUAAGAGAGAGUAAGGGAGAAAGUGAGAGAGAGAGAGAGAGAGAGAAAGAGAGAGAAGGGAGAGUGAUAGAGACAGAGUGAGUGUGAGAGUGUGUGAGAGAGUGUGAGGUAGAGUCUCUCCUCGUCUCCGGUGCUGUGUGCAGUAAGUUGCGCUCUCUCUCUCUCUCUCUCUCUCUCUCUCUCUCUCUCUGUCUGUCUGUCUCUCUCUCUCUCCGCUGUAACUUUCCUCCUCCGGAUCCUGAACUCCGUCUCUCUCCCACCUGCGCAGUUCGGAGCUGCCAUGAAUCCCGCCGCCGCGUUUCCGAUCUUGAUCUCCGCGCUGCUGCUGCCCGCCCACGGCCUCUACAUCGCCAGUAGCCUAGAUUCCCUGCAGCACGUGCUGGGGGACUAUGGACUGGUGAGGCCCGUGCUGAGCGACGCGCACGGUCGCUUCUUGUCGCACGCGGUAUCGGCAGGCGCAGCACGCGGGCAGUUCCGUAGGCGCUGGCGAAGAGAGGCGGAAACAGUCGACGAGCCGCGAGGAGACGGCGAGAGGCUCUACUACAACGUCACCGUCUUCGGCCGGGAGUUCCACCUGCGCCUGCGCCCCAACACGCGCCUGGUGGCUCCCGGAGCCAAGAUGGAGUGGCAGACGCCGGGCGGCACGCGCUCUGAGGCGCUACACACCGACUGCAUGUACGUGGGCGACAUCACGGACGUACAAGGAGCCUCGGUGGCCAUCAGCAACUGCGACGGCCUGGCGGGGAUGAUCCGAACCGAGAAGGAGGAGUUCUUCAUCGAGCCGGUGGAGACGGGCCAUCAUGUGAUGGAGCAGGAGGAUGGUGGCGGCGGUCGUCCUCACAUCGUGUACCGUUCUGCUGCCGUGAAGAAGCCUCCCACCAGCCCGCUAGCCACAGACCUUCGUUCCAGAGGUGCUGAUCUUGGAGGUCUACUGGAUCUGGAGACUCUCUAUGAAGGAGUAGAGCGGAGUGUGAACCAGAGUCGGAGAUCUCGGCGUCAGUCUCCCGAGCGAGCCUACAACAUCGAGGUGCUGCUUGGGGUUGACGAUUCGGUGGUGCAGUUCCAUGGAGCGCAGCACGUCGAGAAGUACCUGCUUACGCUCAUGAACAUUGUGAAUGAAAUCUACCACGACCAUUCUCUGGGAGCGCGGAUCAACGUGGUUCUGGUACGGAUUGUCUUGGUGGAUGCCAAAAAGUCCACGAAUCUGAUCGAGCUGGGAAACCCGUCUCAGAGUCUGGAGAACGUGUGCCGCUGGGCGUUCGAGCAGCAGAGGAAGGACACUAAUGACAAAGACUACCAUGAUCACGCCAUUUUCCUUACCCGCCAAGAAUUCGGACCAACAGGGAUGCAGGGUUAUGCUCCUGUGACUGGUAUGUGCCACCCAGUCAGAAGCUGCACUCUGAACCAUGAGGACGGCUUCUCCUCUGCCUUCGUAGUGGCCCACGAGACCGGUCAUGUGUUGGGAAUGGAGCAUGAUGGUCAGGGGAAUCGCUGUGGGGAUGAGGUGCAGAUGGGCAGCAUCAUGGCUCCCCUGGUACAGGCCGCUUUCCACAGAUUCCACUGGUCCCGCUGUAGCCAACAGGAACUGGGCCGCUAUUUACACUCAUAUGACUGCCUGAGGGACGAUCCAUUCGAGCACACGUGGGAGGAGUUGCCCCAGCUGCCAGGCCUGCACUACUCCAUGAAUGAACAGUGUCGCUUUGACUUUGGUGCCGGAUACAUGAUGUGCACAGCGCUGCAAAAGGUGGGGCCAUCAGGAGCGCAGUACCGCCCCUUUGACCCAUGCAAGCAGCUGUGGUGUGCUCAUCCAGACAAUCCCUUUUUCUGCAAGACCAAAAAAGGACCACCAAUUGAUGGCACGAUAUGUGGGGAGGGCAAGCACUGUUUUAAAGGACACUGUGUGUGGCUGACUCCAGACAUCAUAAAGCGAGAUGGGAACUGGGGCAUGUGGAGUGAGUAUGGUGCCUGCAAUCGGGCCUGUGGCAGAGGACUACAAUUCCGCACUCGCGCUUGUGACAAUCCACGUCCUGCUAAUGGUGGACGCACCUGCCCAGGCUCAAACUACCAGUUCCGGGUGUGUAACACUCAUGAGUGUGAGGACCCUUACCGGGACUACAGGGCCGAGCAAUGCAGCUCCAUGGACAGCAAGUUUGAGUACCACAACAUGAAACACCACUGGCUGCCUUAUGAGCACCCUGACCCUAAACAGCGCUGCACCUUGUACUGCCAGUCCAAAGAGACACGAGUGGUGGUGAACAUGCAGGAGCUGGUGGAACCGGGCAUCCGCUGCUCCUACAAAGACCCCUAUAGCGUGUGUGUGUAUGGCGAGUGCGAGAAAGUGGGCUGUGAGAAUGUGGUGGGUUCACCGCUUCAGGAGGACAAGUGCGGCGUGUGUGGGGGGGAUGGAACCAGGUGCAAGACUCACAGGUUCAACUUCACUUUCGCUGAUAAGAAAGGUGUUAUUAAAGUGCUUGAAAUUCCUAGAGGAGCGAGGCAUCUGCUUAUCCAGGAACUCAAUGGAACAGCUAAUAUUUUAGCUGUGAAGAACAAAGCAACUGGUGAUUUCUUCCUAAACUCUCAUGGAGAUUACCCAGAAACCCGUUCAGUCAUUGAGAAAGGGCUGGAGUGGCAGUACGAGAACAAGAAUUACAAAGACACCAUUCAGACCAACGGACCUCUGAAGAAUGAUGUCGUUAUCAUGAUCCGGAUGCACAGCUCAGCACGGGUGAAGGUGUCAAUCAAAUACAUUACCGACUUUGACCAGCUGAGCGACAGAGCCAACGAGAACAACAUGGUGCCUGACAAUGCAGUGCCCUACUCCUGGGUGGUCAAGAAGUGGACCCCCUGCUCCAAGACCUGCGGGACAGGCACACAGAUGACACGCUAUGGUUGCCGUAAGAAUGCUGACAUGAGGCUGGUGCACCGGCGCUUCUGUGAGAAAAUCAAAAAACCUUCUGUAAUUUUCAGGGACUGCUACCUACGAGAAUGUGCUCAGCCCAUCUGGGUGACUGGAGAUUGGGGUGAGUGCAGUAAGUCCUGUGGUAGGUUCGGGACUCAGACACGCUCAGUGCGCUGCGUUCAGCCACUCAGAGAUGGAAAGUUCAAGUCAAUCCGGAGUCGAUACUGCAAUGAUGAACGUCCUGAGGCGAGACGUGACUGCAACCGCAUGCUCUGUCCUGCUGAGUGGAAACUGGGGCCGUGGUCACAGUGUUCGGUGACGUGUGGCAAAGGGACUCAAGAGAGACAGGUGCUCUGUCAUACUCGCGACAACACCAUCGGACUGUGUUUGGAAUCCAAACCUCUGGCACUGAGAUCCUGCACCAUGGACCCAUGCCCAAAGGGCAUGUCGGACUUUAACAAGCACGGCAAUUUCCUGAUUCAGUGGCUGUCGCGUCAUGACCCUAAAUACCCGGUGCAGAGGUUCUCAAGCUCACGGUGUCGCACUGACCGCUCUAUGUUGUGCAAGAUGGCGAUGCUCCAGCAAUAUUGCAUGAUACCUGCCUUCCAGCGCAUCUGCUGCAAAUCCUGCAGCGCUGGCAGCACAACAAGCAUCGCUACACCAAUGGGUCAUCCACUAACUACACCAAGAGUAAGCACCAGAAGCUUCAGUGUGAUAACCACAAGACCGCCACCUUCCACACUGACAAGAACCACUACAGAAAGCAGUUCAUAUACAGAAUAUAACACCUGGGAAUAUACAAUCCUCACAACAGGCACUAAGGUAGAAGCUACAACUCCAAGAGUUCCCAUAAAUACACCAAGCAAGUUCUUCGCAGAGCCAAGCACACCUACGCCAUUCGCCAUCACAACCCAGACUGCAAGUGCCAGUGUCACCUUGUCCAUUGUAGAUGAUGCAAUACAAAACACAGCAGUUAAAACUGAUACAGAUAACAAAAGUGUGACUGGACUGCCGGAGGUAGACUUCACUUUGGCGACCAGCCCCACUGCUGAGUUUGAUGAAUUCCAUGUUGGCAGUGGUGCCCACCCUGGAAAAGUCGGAACAAUGAUCCAAACCAGUGGGGAUGAUGAGUUAACCACUUUGGGCUGGCACGAGACAGAAACAGUCACCAAUGCCAGCAUGGCACUAAUAUUGACAACACUAUUGCCAACUUUUGAUGAAACAUCAACACCUGAAGAAAGUCUUGAACCAUCAUCCAUCAUGACAACGUCAUCCAUUACAGUGCCAACCACAAUGACAAUGACUACAUCAACACCAAUGAUGGAGAAGGUGACAACAACCAGGCCAGCCAUCAAAGAGGAGGAAAACAAUGCCAUUGAGGUCCCUUUCCAAAUUAGUGGUGUGGACGAGUUCCCUGAGAACAACAUCAUUCCAAGAAGAGGGCGUGUCUUCCUGCGGGAACGAACUCGCAACAAGCGGAUCCAGGAGCUUCUUGAGGAAAAGAGGAACUUUUUACGUCGAAUGAAACGAGCUCAGGGCUUUUAAAGCCUGCUUUCUCUUAUAGAGAGAUAUGGCAAUGCUACUUUUAACUCUACACUCCAUUUUGGUGCUUGGGUCAAGAACUGGAAAAGGGCUUGUGUGCUUCCCACACUCACUUUACAUUACGGGCAAACUGAACUUUGUGGAGCCAAAACCACUAGCAAAUGUUUGCACAGUAGCUUUGAGUACAAAGUCCUUUUGGAGCAUUUCUUUAAGGGACCUCAGGUUUAAAGUGUUUUUUUUUUAGGUAGCCUACAAAAUGAGAGGUCACAGGUUUGCGUGAGCUCGCUAUUCAAAUAUUUCUAUGACACAUCUAACAGGCAUGCAAAGACGAAAAAUAUGGUUAAUAAAACUAGCCUACAUGUCCAACAGUUAGUGGACACCUGACCAUCACACCAUUAGGUGGGCCUUCCCCAAAGUAGGAAGCACACAAUUGUACAGGAUGUCUUUGUAUGCUAUAGCAUUACAAUUUCCCUUCACUGGCCCAAACCUGUUCUAGCAUGACAGUAUCCCUGUGCACAAAGUGAGCUCCAUGAAUCCAUGGUAUGCCAAGGUUGGAGUGGAAGAACUCGAGUGUCCUGCACAGAGCCCUGACCUCAACCCCACUGAACAUCUUUGGGAUGAACGGGAACACCGACUGCACCCCAGACCUCCUCACCCAACAUCAGCGCCUGACCUCACUAAUGCUCUUGAGGCUGAAUGAACUCAAAUCCACACAGCCACGCUCCAAAAUCUGGUAGAAAGAUUCCCAGAAGAGUGGAGGUUAUUAUAACAAAAAAGAGGGACUAAAUCUGUUCAAACAGCACACAUGGGUGUGAUGGUCAGGUGUCCACAAACGUUUGGCCAGUUAAUGUAAAUCAGUGGGUGUCAAACUUUUUCCACCCCUUUAACUAUAAAAUAAAUUCGAUGGAUGAUUCCAUGAAUCCUCGGGAUUUGAACCUGCUGAACAUGGUGAACUUUUUUCUGUUGACACACUUAAGAGCAUGGAGCCAUAGAGCUUUUUAUUCCUGAGCAUUCCACCAACAGGACUAAGUUGACAUUAUUUAUAAGAUUAAUUGAUGUUGAGUUAUUAUGGUUUGGAUGCAAUUCACGUGACCAGUCAAUCUGGCUAAUAACUAUAAGCUCUCAAUAAUACAUAUAAUAACUUUUAUAAUGGUGCGUUGUAAUUUCCACCACAUAAGGUAAAAAUCCUGGACCUCCUGUCUCUGCUUCAUUGACCCCUGUGGGUUCCCGGACCCCACUUUGAGAACCUCUUUUCCAUACUAAUAUACAGUACCAAUAAUAUUAAUUAUGCCCCUGUCUAGAGCAUGCAUGUAGCCACAUAGAUCUAAAAACUAACUCUAACCACACACAUGCCUAUUACAAUUAUUUAUUCCAGUACUCACAAAUGAGACUAAUAUGGGUAUUCAAUGUUGGAUCCGUUUUAACGAUAGGCACAGAAAUUUGGUGAAAAUCUACAGUACAGCACAAUACAUUUUCUCAAUGUCUUUAAUAAUUACACAUAGAAUAGGGCAAGACUAUUACAUUUAAGGUGCUAAAAAGAUGACAGAAAACAGAACGAACUACAGUUUGCCAUAAAAAAGACCUGGUCACUUAGGGAAUCGGGAAUUAGUAGGCAAGAAGACCCAAGCAUCCUUCAACGUAAAUAUGAAAAUGGUCAAUAUUACCAUUCAUCAAAAUUCAGUUCAUAUCACUCCACUUGGCAAAACACUGUAUUUAUUCUAAAUUCAAAUGAACAAUUACAAGUGGUUUAUUAUUACCAACUGGUCCUCUGACGUGUAAAAAUCAGGGAUUCACCUUUUUUUACUAUGGGUUUAUCUUUCACGCUUGUUCAUAUGCACCUUCUGUUAAAUUGUCUCAAGAAGCUGAUGUAUAUUUUUUUUUAUUGGCCUGGUCAAGAUGGACGCAAUAUCUUCACAAGUGACACCUGUCACUGAUUUUUGUAUAUAUUAUUUGUGAAAUGCAGAAAAAAAAUAUAUUAGAAAAAAAUUUAUAUUCCGCAAAAUAAAGUAUUUUUAAAAGCA